AUGCUCGGCCACUUUGUAGUCCACAAUCUCCUUAAACAAGCUCGAGUCCAACACACAAUCCGCCCGCCCAUAAACUGCCGCCUGCACGCUAGCCAUCAGCUUCGCAAUCUCCCUGCCAGAGAACCCCUCAGUCCUCCUGGCAGCCUCACGUAUGACAUCAUCUGCCAGGUCCUUUAUGGUUAUCUUUUGGGCCUUCUUCUUAAAAAGAAGUCCCAGGCCCAAUUUGCCUGGCCCGUUUGCAUGGCCCGAUUCGCCUUGGAGGUAGAGCUUGAGAAGCUUGAAGCGCUCGUCUUCCUUGGGGAGUGGGAACUCGAUGACCUCAUCGAUGCGGUCAGUGAUGGCACUGUCGAGGUCAGCGGGACGGUUAGUGGCGAGGACGAGGACAACGUCUCUCGAUUGGUCACCCGUGCGGAAGAGCAAUGCAUUCAACGCGCUUCUUUGGGCUUCGCUCAUAUUACUUACUCGCACAGAAAAGCAUCAGCCUCAUCGAUAAACAGCAGCAGACCUCUCUUUGACUUCUUGGCCCAGUCAAAUAUCUCAUGUAUCUUGGUAACUGCCUGGGGCCCCAAAGGCGCAACAUCUCCUCCUGAGGCCCGUAGAAAAGCAUGUUCCGGAAAGGUGCCUGAUGGAUUUUGGUGUUUGAUGUGGCUCGAGCAAGGUGUUCUAUUCGCUUCUGCAGUGAAGGAUGCAAGACAAUGUCACCCAGUGCUGACUUACUCUGUGUGGAUGCAGAAGCCCCAGCUGCAGUGCUAUAACUUAGCAGCUUAUUUGCAGCUCGAGAACCAACCCCAGACCAUGGGAAUUUCGCCAUAG